UCUGUACUUAGUGAAAAAGAGGCUUAUUUAAAUGACGAAGGCAAGAGGAUCUCUCACAGAGUGCUGAAGGAAAAUGAGCUCCACACAAGACCUUGACUAUCCUCAGAUCUUAUUUCAAUACAACAAUGGGUUUUUAGUCUCAAAGAUUAUGUUUACCGCCUGUGAGUUGGGAGUGUUUGAUCUAUUGCUGGAGUCAGAAGGGCCCCUGUCUUCAGAUGCCAUUGCUGAACGUUUGGGCACCAGCGCCAGCGGAAUGGAACGGUUACUUGAUGCCUGUGUGGGAUUAAAGCUCCUGGGAGUCGAAAUGAAAAGUGAAGGAGCCUUUUACAGGAACACAGAGCUUUCCAACCUCUAUCUUACAAAAUCAAGUCCCAAGUCUCAGUAUCAUAAUUUGAUGUACUACUCCAAAACCAUCUAUUUGUGCUGGCACUACCUGACAGAUGCUGUGAGAGAUGGGAAAAACCAGUAUGAGCGAGCAUUUGGCGUUUCAUCAAAAGACCUCUUUGGGGCUCUCUACAGAUCAGAAGAAGAGAUGAUCAAAUUCAUGUAUGGUUUAAAUGCAAUUUGGAGUAUUUGUGGCAGAGAUGUGAUUGCUGCAUUUGACCUUUCAGCUUUCACGGUCAUUUAUGAUCUGGGAGGAUGUGCAGGUGGUUUGGCCCAGGAAUGUAUUUCUUUGUACCCAAAUUCUACAGUCACAAUUUAUGACCUACCUAAAGUAGUGCAAGUGGCAAAGGAGCGUUUUGUACCCCCAGAAGAACGUCGGAUCACUUUCCAUGAAGGAGAUUUUUUUAAAGAUCCAAUUCCAGAAGCUGACCUGUACAUUUUGGCUAGAAUCCUGCAUGACUGGGCAGAUGACAAGUGUAUGCAGCUACUAGCAAAAAUUCACAAGGCUUCCAAGCCUGGGGGCGGAGUGCUGCUGGUUGAAACACUUUUGAAUGAAGACAAAACUGGGCCUAUAGAAACCCAGCUUUACUCUAUGAACAUGUUGGUUCAGGCUGAAGGAAAAGAACGAACGCCAUCCGAGUACAGCAAGCUCCUCACUGCAGCUGGUUUCAGAGAGAUUCAAGUCAAGAAAACAGGAAAGCUCUAUGAUGCCAUUUUAGGAAGAAAAUAAUUCUGUCUCUUCUGUCUUGUCUAUUGUUAGAUGUAUGAAUGCAGUGGAAUGAUCAGCUUUUACUAGACUGCAGCAAUGAAUCCAGCUCAUAGUUAACCUUGUCACUUUCUCUGUACAACAAUACACUGUUAGAACUUUCAUUCAUUAUGUAUGUUGAGCCUACAGGGAUUGACGGUCUGCCAGCUUGAAUGUGACUCCUGUUUGGCUCUGGACUCUCUAACUGUGGGAAUAAAGUAAUUAACACACAUUUAACAAGAAAUAGCAUGUGAAAGCAACAAUAUGGAAAGCUUAUACUACUUGCAUUAUACAUUUUUUCAAUUCUGUCAGACUUUGUACUUUCCCCAUUUUUUGCAUAUUUAACAUAAUGUCUGACCCAUCUGGGUUUGUACUCAGCUUUCUUUCUGCAAAUAUAAACUGUACAUCACUGUACUGAA